AUGGCCGCAACGUAUGCCCAGACCAUGGCCCCGAGGGACGUCAACUCCCACAUGACGUUCCUAGCAAGGAAUGAAUUGUACCAGACUGAAAAGCCUUACACGACGGAUUUCCCUGUCGAUGACAUUGAGGGCGCCAAAAUGACCAACCAGAUAUUCGACACUCAACCCGUACUCUUCCACGACGCAAGAGUUGCCAAGGAGCCUUUGACCUUGGAUCAGAACGGAUUCUGUUUCGUCAAGGCGAAGACCUCCCUCAAGGCAGAAGAAGCCACUCCCGAGAAGACUGAGUUGAUGGAGCAGUAUCUCCAGGAGGUCGCCGACAUACUACAGGACAAAUUUCCACAGUACAAAGAGGUCAAAUCUUUGGAUUUCCAAGUUCGCAGACGACAUCCUGAUUUCCCCGGCGGCAAAGAGCGCAGAGCAGAGUUUGCCCAGCCGUCGACAAUGGCCCACGCGGACUUCUCGAGUAGAGGAGCAUUCCUGCGCAUAGCCGACAUCUUCCCAGGCGAAGAGGUUUCCUACGAAAACAGAAAAUUCGACUUGAUCAACAACGACUGGCCUCUGGCUAUGUGUGACUUCCGCCGCGUCAGUACCGACAACGACGUCGUCAUAAAUGAUGCGCUUCAUUACAAGCGAGUAGGCGAGAAUUCACUCCUGCAUCACAGCGAUGCGCACCGAUGGUACUACCUCAGUGAUAUGAGAGAGGAUGAUUUGAUCAUCUUCAGGAAUGUCGAUUCGGAAGGGAAGAUGCCUCGGGGCUUCCAUGCUUCAUUCCACAAUCCCAACGCAGCUGGUGAACUACGACAUAGCAUUGAAGUUAGGCUUGUGGCUUUUCGUGAUUAA